GAGAGAAGCAAAGCCACCAACAGAGAGGCUCCAGAAGCUCCAGAAGCAAGGCUGCAAACACAGAGGUUCUAGAAGCUCCAGAAGCAAGACUGCAAACACAGAAGCUCUAGAAGCUCCAGAAGCAAGGCUACAAACACAAAAGCUCUAGAAGCUCCAGAAGCAAGGCUGCAAACACAGAAGCUCUAGAAGCUCCAGAAGUUUGUGUUCCAGAAGCUCCAGAAGCAAGACCUGAAACACAGAGGCUCUAGAAGCUCCAGAAGCAAAGCCUCAAACAUAAAAACUCAGAGAAAAACGCAGAGAAAAAAGCCAGGAAGAUGGCCCAGUCCAUGAUCGAGACACUCUUCGGAGAUGACUCUUUCUUUGAGCCCACUUACCUGCUCUGGCCCAGACGUACCGUGCCACUAGCUAGCAUCAGAGAGCACUUCCUGCGCCGCAGAGCUGAGCUGAUGGAGAACUUCCAGGCAGAUAUGCGAGACGGCGUCUUCAGUGAGCUGACAGACAGGCUCCAUAGAGAUCUCUUUGAGACCCUAGAAGGCCUGAGUUCACCCUCCACGUCCAGAAUCAGCACAAACCAGGCCCAGGACAGAACCCUAGCCUGGACUCUGGACACUCAGGGCUUCUCCCCAGAAGAAAUUACAGUAACUGUGUGUGGACGAAAGCUGGAGGUGAUGGCUGCAAAGACAAACACGCAAACAGACUCAUCUUCAGACCCAAAGCCAGCUGGAUUUGUCCAAAGCGUGAAUCUGCCUGAUCACAUUGACCCCACCGUUCUGACCUGCACUCAGGCUGAAGAUGGCCUCCUGCGCAUCGAGUCUGAAACCAAGCAGGACCCACCAGAGGAGAGAACCGUCCCCAUCCGCUUCAGGACAUCUCUGGACUUCCCCCUGACCAGAGACAACACCGACAAAGCGGAGGACAGCUCGGAGAAAUCCUCCUAAAGCAUGAACUGACCACUUAACUCAUAAUGGGCUGCUGCUCUUGUUGAUCCAAUGAGGUUUUAUAUUUUGUAGAUGAACGAUUUUAUUAAUAAAUGUUGACACUGAUCAUUUA